UUUUUUUUUUUUUUUAAAUGAUAGAGUCUGCUGCCCGUCUGGCUGUAUCUCAUUCUAGUUUGCUACCCGCAAACAGUACACCAUUGCUCAGUAUAUCACUUAAAAAGAGCAAUUCCAGUAUUAUUAUCUUAGGGUUCUGUUUCAAAAAGGCACGACAGACUAAUUUGUUUUAUUCUGACAGAGUACGUGAAGCUGUUUUAUGUUUUAACUUGUGUUAACAUGUUUUUCUUUGCUGUCCAAUACACAGGCCGAGGAGGAGCCAAAGCUGUUUUUCAAAGUUGACUCGCUAGUUCUUCUUGUGGCGUAAAGUCAAGUGGUGGAAAUGAAAUCGAAACAGUAAGCUUUGACAUGUUAAAGGUUAACUUCAGUAGAAGGUGGAUCUAGUGCUGUUGGCCGUUUUCCUUCACGACGACUGCUGCUCUCUGUUUAAAGAUGAUCAUGAAGGGGCAGAAGCGUAAACUCCCACCAGAGGACGUGCAGGUUUCAGACCCGAGCAGUCCUACCUGGGAGAGCCAGCGCCAGUUUGUGUUCUCAGUUUCCCUGAACAAGUAUCAACAUGGCCAGGAGCUACCUGAACCCAGCCUGCGGCGGUCUGUUCUGAUAGCCAACACACUGCGGCAGGUCAGCCUUGAGGCUUGUAGUGCGCCCUCUGUAGACAUGAAGGUGCCACAACCACUUUGUAGCUCUUCAUCUGACCACCAGGAGAGUACUUUUACUGGAGUGGCUCUAGCAAAAUAUCACUCUGCAGUGAUGCUUUCUAGCAGCCACUCGGCUCCUGUCAGCUGCCCUCUGGUUUCUUUGAAUUACUUUUCAAAUAGUGCUACAAGUAGGUCUCCUGCAACUUGCCACUUAAGUACGUCAAACGUCCCUCAAUCUGUAAAAGACGAAGAUGAGGACUGGGGAUCGAUGUCCACGGAAUCUGAUUUCUCCCUUUCAGCUGCCAUCUCCUCCAUUCUCACUGCACUGGACUCUACCAUUGACGGGAGCCCACAGGCAGCUCCAAGGACACCUCUCAGGUCCUUGGAGAACCUGUCAGGGCCCUCGGAACAGGCAGUCAGAGGUAAUGUGGGAAGCUGGGAGCAACACGAAGAGUGGAGGUUGCCGGAGAGCAGCGUGGAAGUGAUGAGGUCCAGCUACCUCAGUGAACUCACUGUGGAGGAUCUGUUCCAGGAUAUAGACACAUCCCUGCUGGAGAGAGACAUGGGAGUGCUUGGGCUCCGAGGCAGUGGAGGUGGAUACCAGGCUGGGGACGAUCUCUUACGGUAUCUGCAGCCUUUCUCCUCCUCCUCCUCUUUCCCCCCCUCAAACCCCUUCUCUCUCAACCAGAAUCUAAAGUGCCUGCCUUCGUUCUCCUCAUUCUGCCCGUUGUCUUCCUCAUCCUCUUCUUCGCCAGCCUUCUCUAGUCCCAAUCUUGUGAGAGAAGGACUCGAGCUGGAGCAUCUGAUGGAGAUCCUGGUUGAGUCCUGAUUGCUUCACCGUCCUCAUACUGUAAAGACGUAACCUGACCACCCAUUAACUUAAGUUAGUGGACAAAAGACUGACUUCUCAAGACAAACGGCUGGUUUGUCAAUCCACAUUGAAUAUUCACUUUGUUGUUUUUAUAUAUUGCUGAAGAAAGAGUGUAUUAUGGUCUUUAGAAAGUAGUAAGAAUGCUCUAGAAAUGUAGAAAUGGUAAGACAGGAAAUGCUCCAUAGGUGGGUGUGCAAUGGCUAAGCAAUGAGUCAGUGCAUAAUGAACUGGUGAAAAAGCGGCUCUCUAGGGCUUUGAGUGUGACUCAGCUAGUUGGAUCUAGGGAAAGGAGUCGUUUGAUUAGAAAACAGAAUUUAUUCAGCAAAUGAGAACAGGUGAUUACUGUCUAUGGAGAGAAAAUUACUUCAGCAGUGUUGCCCUAAAAUGUAUCAAAUGCAUCACAGCUUCAAGUAAUCCUGCAUUCACAUUGAACAUCCCCGUUUAUCUGGAGUAAGAAGAAAAUAAAAA